AAUUUUAAAAGAUGUUCUUGCGAUUUUGUUGAAUAUGGACUAUAAUCAGAAAGUAAGAAGAAAGCAAAACCCCAGGGAAACGGCAAACGUUUUUUCAAAGUUGUCGUUUGCCUAUACCAAAGAAUUAUUCCACAAAGGAUUUAAAAAUAAUUUGGAGGAAGAAGAUUUGUAUGAAAUAAUUAAAGAAUGUAAAUCAAAAAAAUGUGGAGACAAACUUGAGAAACAGUGGGCUAUAGAUAAUGAAAUUCAAUCAUCUAAAUCAAUUUAUAAAGUACUAUGGCACAGGUUCGGAUGGAGGUAUCUCUUAAUAGGUAUCAUAGACUUAGGUUAUAAAAUUUUUACUAGUCUUGUGAAUCCACUUGCUGUAAGUAAGCUGGUCUCUUAUUUUGACAUAACAAGUAAUCAAACUAAAGAAGACGCCUAUUUUUGGGCGGCUUUAUUAUUACUUAACAACCUACUUUACACAGUAUAUUCCCAUAAUGCUCUAUUAUGGGCUGAGAAAUUGGGAAUUGAGAUACGAACAUCGUUCUCUGCCUUUUUAUACAGAAAAGCUCUAAAACUGACGCCUUCAGCGGUUGCAAGAAUUAGUUUGGGAAACUUGGUAACGUUAAUAACAAAAGACGUUUAUACAUUUCAACAUUCGAUUUGGAUGAUAAACGAUAUAUGGAGUGGAUGCGUACAGAUCUGUGUACUCUGCUAUGUUUUAUAUACUAAGAUUGGAGUGUCAUCCUUUAUUGGAAUUGGAAUGGUUCUACUUGCUCUACCCAUACAAGUUUAUAUCGGUAAAGUAGUAGGAGACUAUCGAUAUAGUACAGGACAGAAGACUGACGAACGAUUACAACAAACUCAAGAAACAUUAUCUACAAUAAGAAUUAUAAAGAUGUACACUUGGAAAAGUUUUUCGAAAAUAAAAUUAAAAAAGCAAGAAAGCAGGAAUCAAACAAAAUAUUAAUCGUUUUUGAACUAAGAAUGAUCCAAAUCGUUGUGGGCAUCUUAUUUUCCAAAUUUGGAUUCUACACUCUUGUUAUGGCUUACAUUUGGUUUGGGUAUGCAACCGAUACCGAGCUCAUCUUUUACUUAAGCACAAUGUUUAAGGAUAUAGAGUACUACCUGGGUGGCCUUAUUCCCUACGGCUUAGGUAGUGCAGCUGAGCUUUACUCAGCACUGAGGAGAAUUAACCAAGUAAUAACCGCAGAAGAACUUCCACCAAAAAUAGGAUCUGAUGAACCAACCAACGAACCGAUUUUGGAACUCAGAGAAGCUGAUGUUACAAUAAAUAACAAUCUUAUUCUAAAUAAUAUUAAUUUUAAAGCAAAGCCUGGUUUGACUUUGGUGACAGGUAAAGUGGGAUCAGGUAAAAGCUCUUUAUUAAAAGCUUUGCUACAAGAUUAUCCUUUAGACAAAGGUUGCAUAUUGUCUAAAGGAAGAAUUUCAUAUGCUUCGCAAGAUCCUUGGUUGUUUCCAUCCUCCAUUAAGCAAAACAUUAUAUUUGGGGAAAAAUUUGAUGAAAAAAGGUAUUUGGAAACUAUUAGAGUUUGUGCAUUAGAAUUCGAUUUCAAAAUGUUCGAGAAACGGGACGAGACGAUAGUGUGUGACCGAGGAAUGAAUCUCAGCAAGGGUCAGCAAGCUCGCAUUAAUCUCGCCAGAGCAGUUUAUAAAGAAAGUGAAAUAUAUUUAUUGGAUGACUCUCUGACAGCUCUGGAUAGUCAAGUACAAGACUAUAUAUUUAAUGAAUGUAUAAAAAAGUUUUUGAAUGGAAAAAUAUGUAUUCUCGUGACACAAACUUUAAAUCAAAUAAAAAAUGCAGAAAACUUGGUAAUUAUGGAAAAUGGUCAAAUAAAAUUGAUUGAUAAACCAGACGAAAAAAAUAUAGAAGAACUAAAAACUAUUAUAACAAGCAAUGAAGUUAGUGAUGAAAGUCAAGAUAAUGAUAAUAAAACUAACCACGUAAACAAUGAGAAAGAUUACCUAAAUGAUGAAGACGAUGAAUAUCGUGAUGAUGAAAAGCUUUUAGAAACAGAACAGACCAAAAGGCCGAAAAUAUAUGGAGAAAUUAUAAAAAAGGGCAAAGUAUCUUUGUCGAUUUACAAUCAGUAUCUGGUAUAUGGAGGAGGAAUACUCUUUCUCAUUUUUAAUAUAUUUUUAUUUGGUGUGACACAAGGCGCGGAAAGUUUAUCCGACUACCUACUAACAAGGUGGGUAGAUCAGCAACAGAUAGUCCUAACUUUCAAAAAUGUAACACACAACAAUACUUAUAACAAAGCUGUAGAACAUAGUGAAUAUAUAAUAAAAAUAUAUUCGACAACUAUAUUCCUUCAUGCCAUUUUAGCUACAGUCAGCACUUACACAAUACUGGAACUCGGACGAAGAGCUUCUAUCAAUUUACAUAAAACACUUAUUUCUAAACUAACUGGUUCCUUAAUGUCAUUUUUUGAUACGCAUUUCUUGGGAAAUAUUUUGAAUAGAUGUUCUCAAGAUUUGAGUAAUGUCGAUGAACAGGUUGCUUUUGUUAUAAGCGAAUUUAUGAGGGUAGCCUUUGUGCUAACUAGCAUUGUAAUAAUGAUUUCGUUAAUAAAAUUAUCCUUUUUGGCUUGCGCUGCAGUAAUAUUUUCUUCCCUAUAUUUCAUGAGGAAGGUCUACUUACCCACAGGGCGAACAUUAAAACGUCUAGAAACUACAACCAGAAGUCCCAUGGUUGGUCACAUAAACGCUUCAUUAGAAGGGCUCACUACAAUAAGGGCAUAUAAAGUUGAAAAAACAUUAAUAGACGAGUAUGAUAGGUACCAAGAUACGUUCACUUCUGCUCAUUAUGCAUGGCAAUGUGCAACAGCUGCUUUUGGAUUCUCGAUGGAUUUUGUAUGCAGUAUUUUUAUAUGUAUUGUUGUACUUACUUUAGUUUUCAUCGAUGCAGACAAUACUGCUGGCGAUGUUGGAUUGGCGAUAACCCAGGUCAUAGCAUUAUCGGGAGAAGUUGAAUGGGGUGUCCGACAAUGGGCUGAUCUUGAAAGUUACAUGACAUCGGUGGAACGUCUUCUGGAAUAUACUCACAUUAAAUCGGAACCAACGGACGGCAGAAUAGUUCAAAAUUGGCCGUCAGAAGGAUCCAUCGUAUAUGAAAGAGUAUCUCUUACAUACAACGAUAAUGAAAUGGUAUUAAAGGAUUUGAACUUCAAAAUAAAGCCAAGGGAGAAAAUUGGAAUAGUUGGAAGAACAGGAGCUGGAAAGUCUUCAAUUAUCGCUUCAAUUUUUAGACUUUACGAAGCAGAAGGUAAUAUCUUUAUAGAUGGCGUGGAAAUCAAGACGUUAUCUUUAAACUUUCUUAGAAAGAAGAUUGCAAUUAUUCCUCAGGAUCCAAUUCUGUUUUCCGGAACAAUUCGUACAAAUUUAGAUCCAUUUAAUGAAUACAACGACCAGGAACUGUGGAGUGCAUUGGAAAAAGUAGGCAUUAGAGAUAUUAUUCCUGAUUUAGAUCACAACGUAAAAGGUUAUGUCUCAAGCUUCAGUUCCGGGCAAAGACAAUUAAUUUCAGUAGCCAGAGCGAUAUUAAGAAAGAAUAAAAUUGUUAUUUUAGACGAAGCAACUGCAAACAUGGAUCACGAAACAGAUGCCAUGCUGUACAAAAUUAUAGAAGAAAAUUUCAAGAAUUGUACCGUUUUGACUAUAGCUCACAGACUGGACACCAUUAUAAAGUCUGACAGGGUUAUGGUUUUAGAUAGAGGAGAAAUAAAGGAGUUUGAUGCCCCUUCAACGUUACUUACAAAUACAAAUGGAAUAUUCUACAGCUUAGUGCAACAGUCUGAAGGAUCUAAAUAAGUAUUUUUUGUGUGCUUAUUUUUUAUUAAAUAAAA